AUUUAUUCCAGAAAACAGUCUAUAAAUUAAGAACAACAAAUUUAAAUCAUGAGACUCCCAUCUUUUCUUUCACUGCUAGCUCAUGGAACCGUAGCUUCCUUGGAAAUUUCCGAAUACCAUCAUAUUAUGGAUAUAUUGUAGCUCUGAAGACAGAGAGAGCCUUGGGAACAAAAAAGCAGCAAGUAAGGGCUCUGAAACAGUUGUGGGUGGAUAUACUUUAGACACAGCUCGGGGAAAAUAAAGGGACUGUUUAGCAAGCUGAAUCAGCAAAAACAAGCUGUCUCCAGGCUUUCUUCUUCUUCAGAGACAUAUAUGGCUGCCUCAAAUAAACAGGAAUUUCCUUGUGGAUCAUAUUUCAGGGUGUUUGUAUUUAUACAUGGACUAUAAGAAGGCAGCCACAACGCAGGGCACGGUCACAUCAUGUUUUGCUGUAAGAGGCAAUACAGGGAAUCUGGAAGUACCUAAAGGUGUAUUUCGCUGAGACCUUCUAUGCUGCCAUAAAGACAUUUUGCCUGCAGCCGUGCAUGCAGUGAAAUGUUGCUCAGCAGCAAGCAGAGCAAAAGGAAUUAGCUCCAAGGUUUUUGCUCUCUUUGCUAUCUGGGUGGAAGGAAGAAUUGAUGGCUUCUACAAGUAAAAGGAGUUCUGCAGUAAGAACUGAAAAUACGUUUUGCCUUGAAGAUGGGGUCUGCAAGCACGGAUUCCUCAUCAAAUCACCACCUCUUCAACUUUUCAGCUCACAGAAUUCGUGGAAAAAGCGUUUUUUCAUCCUGUCCAAAUCCAGCAAAGGCGAUUACAUCCUGAAGUAUCUAAAAGGCCAGAACCUGAAAGGCUCCAUAGCUGUUGAUCAGAUCGUAAAUAUCAAAGUUGGCAUAAGCAAUUCUGAAACCAUGGAAAUGGUGAGGAAGAUGUUUAAGUGCUUUCCUGAGCAAGUGAUGUCCCUCAGUACUGGGAACAGAUGUUACUACCUCAUCGGGAGCAGCAGGCAGGAAACAGAGGAAUGGGUCGCCAUGAUAUCAUCAGUCUGCGGGGGGGCCAGAAGAAGUGGAUGCUGCCCUGAGAUCCAAGAUCUUCCAGAUCCAGAAGUGAGAAGCCGUCCCUCCUCUUUGCCACUGUUCUUGAAUUCAGUAGAUACAAUCAGUUUCCCAGGAAGUCAAAGCUGCCAGAAGGAGAAUGGUCCCUCAGAAGACAAGAACAGACCUAAUUCAGAUCCUGGCCCUCAUCAGGCUCUGUGUGACUCACCGAGAGGAGUUUUUCCAACCCUGGAUAAAAAUCUGGGAAAGAGUGAGGAAAAUCUGCUGUCAUUGGUUACAGAUGAAGACAUCAAGGAAGAUGAAGAAGACUAUUACCAAACUCCCAGCAGUCUUUUAGCAAAGUGCACUACUGAAGUAUCAAAGCCUGACCCUACAGGUGAGUCUGAUGUCCCUGUGCAAGAGAAACCAGAGCAGAAGAACUCAGUAAAGGAGAACAUUUAUAUGUCAAUGAAAUCACUUAGGUUGCUGGAUGGGAGCUGCCAGCUCACAUGCAGUUGUGAUGGGCUCCUGAAUCCUCCCAAACAGCAAGACAAUGGUGCAUGUCCAAGAGACCUGGAAGGAAAUAGAGACCUAAAACUCACAGAAAGCACCACCAUCCAUCAUCCAACCCUUCAGAGAGGGCAAAAUUCGUUGCCGCUUUCAGUAGUUCAAUUGUCUAUACUGCUUGGUCAAGUUACAGAUGAGACUCAGCUGCAGAAGUUGGAUAUUUUUGUCCCCCCGGCUGAUAUUAACAGUUACUUAAAACUUACUGAAGCAGCAGGACAAAUAUGUGUCUCACAGUGGACUGGUCCUUCCCGACUGGGAUGUUUGUUUAAUCACGGAGACCAUAUAGUGGCUGUGAAUGAUCUGCAACCCCAGGACAUGGAGGAGGCUUACUUCUUCAUCAGCAGGUCCACAAGGAAGGAGGUGAAACUUACUGUCUGUAGGCUUCCACAUUCCGAUAUCUUCCAUGUUAAAGGCUGCUCGUGUUCCUGAAAAAAGACCUCAGUGACUAAUGGCGUUCAAAGGCCUGUUUGUGCUGAAUUCUGCAUAAAAACGGAGUGAAACCCCCGUUCUGGAACUACAGAGGUGGAAAAUGGAAUUGAAGACAUUCCUUGGGAGCUCUUCUCCAAAGCUGCUAUGGGUCUCCUUUAGCCUGCACUGCCUCUUUGAGCACAACUAUCCUAUUUCUGCCUAAGGGGUCUCUGAGGGAUGGGAUGGCCGUCCAUCACCGUACAAGGCUUCUUCCAGCUCUGUAACGGUAUCGACCUGCUAGGACAGUCCUCUAGGCCUGAAUCCUAAGAUCACAGAUCAUCGAGUUCAAGAGUAUCCACUGAGGGUGUCAGCCUUGACCUUUCCUGCCCAAGGUUUGCCUAUGCUCAUCUUCUGAACUUUACAAAAGGAAAGUCCAAGCCUUCCCAUGUUGUCCCAAGACUCAGCUCUCUGUAUAAUUAGGGAGUUUUUUCCUCCCAUUUAUUCUAGAUGAUCUUUUUAAAAAAUGUUUUUUCUUGCCCUUUUUGGUGGGCGUGGGGAAUGUUUGAUUUCCAGUGAUAUUUUCCUGCCUCUUCUCCCUUCUCUUUUUUUAGCUCAAACGUCCUGCAUUCUUUCAAACAUUUUUUUAACCAUUUCCUGAAAGUGGUCACCUGUUACAGAACCGCAAGGCAAAUACCUUGUUUUCCAGUUAUGGGUGAACAAAGGAGGUGAGGCAGCGGUAAAACAAUUCUCUGGAACUUCAUAGAUAACCAUUUCCAAAAAGAGGUGAACUGGCCAAAGAUGAUGUGAUGCGUACGUGGUAGUUAGAAGAGAGCCACCACUGAGGAACCUGCAGGUGGGCAUUGCUGCUAAAGCAGGUGCUGCACAAUGCAUGGAGCACCUCUUGGCCAUGGAAGGAUGUCAGUUUUGGACAAAAAUGGAAUUUGGCUGGAUAGCCCAUGCACAGAAUGAUUCCAGAAUGUUUCAGAAAACUGGGAGAUUAAUUAUGUAUUUCAGUAAACAGUUACUGAUGCGUUACCCCAUAAUUGAUCAUUAUGUCAGUUUGCACAAUCAUAAUUGCAGAUAAUGAAUGUCACAUAUUGGCUGAUUCAUAGCAUUUACAGAGAUGCAAUAUGGAAUUGACACUGGUACAGUAAGUUGUCUGCCCACAUAUGAUUAAUAAA